GCCGGCUUUCAUAACCCUGCGCGCUGGCAUAUAUAACAAGACCUCCAGCCUAUUCGUAAACACAACAGUGUUUGGAAGUGAAUAUCGAGCAAUAACAUGACUGAAUUGGCUAUUUAAUAAGAAACUUUAAUUUAUACCUCCUCAACAUGAAGCGCCUUUACCUGGUGGAGCCGGUGGUGGCUCUGUAUGCUUUUAGCAGUUUUCUCAUCUACCCGCUGGUCCAGCAGUAUGUGUACAGGAGGCUCUGGCAGCAGCUGACCAACACUCCCUAUCCCGUCUCAGACAACACCUCCAGAUGUGCUCCAAGUAACAGCAGCAGCAACCAGACUGACUUCCAUAAGGAGGUGCAGAAGCAGGCGUCUCUUUUCUCCCUUUACUCGGAGCUCCUCUCCACAAUCCCAUCUUUGAUCGUUACUCUUGUGCUGGUGGCCUACAGCGACCGGGGCGGACGCAAGAUCACCAUCGUUAUGCCUCUGAUCGGCACGCUGAUUUAUACCAGCACCUUCCUGACUGUGUCCUUCUUUGAGCUCAACAUCUACCUUCUCAUCGGCUCUUCCUUCCUUAGCUCUCUGUUUGGGGGUAUCAGCACUUUCCUGGGAGGCUGCUUUGCCUACAUAGCAGACUUGUGCCAAGAUGACCGGCAGAAGACGCUGCGAAUGGCUGGAGUGGAUAUGAUGAUUGGACUGUUGUCUGGAGUGGCCGCAAUAUCUACAGGUUACUUCCUGAGAGCUGCAGGCUUUAACUGGCCUUUCUUAACUUCGGCCCUGUGCCAGUGUUUGAUCCUAGUCUAUGCAGUUUUUAUCCUGGAGGAGACGGUAAGAAACACUCCCGCUGAUGGCAGUGAUAUAGACGGGUCUCCCCAGCGCCCUGGGUUGAGACAGUUGAUUUUUGGGCUCUGCCAGAUCUUUGCAAGAGCAAGCUACAAGUGUAAAAUAGUUUUAGCCCUCCUGAUAAUCAUCUUCAGCAGCUUCACCUUCACCUACAUUGGAGGCAUCUCCUUGGUGACGCUAUACGAGCUAAACGAGCCACUGUGCUGGACUGAGAUUCUGAUUGGCUAUGGCUCAGCACUGUCCACCACGGUGUUCCUGACCAGUUUCCUGGGAGUGUCGGCGUUCACAUACUGUGGAGUCCCGCAGCUGCUGAUCGUUGCGUUGGGGAUCCUGUCUGUGCUGUCAGGACUGAUCAUGGUGGCGUUUGCAAAGACCACAGUUCUGAUGUUUUUAGUACGGAUCCCCAUGCUGCUGUCCAUAAUGCCUUUCCCUGUUCUCCGCUCGGUAAUGUCAAAGAUCGUCUCCAAGUCUGAGCAAGGAGCCCUUUUUGCUUAUCUUUCCUUUCUGGAGAGUUUAUUUAACAACGUUGGAUCUGCGGUCUUCAACAGUAUCUAUGCUGCCACGGUGGGGUGGUACCCUGGUUUUGCCUUCCUCUUAGCUGCAGGACUCUGUGUCAUUCCUUUAUCUGCGAUUGCUGCAGUGGCUUUCAUCGGAGUGGAUGUUUCCACUGAACCCAUAAAGUCAGAAGAUGGAACCUCUGAGGAGGACGGCCAGCCUGAGAAGGACGACGACACCAGUCCUCUUCUAAGCUCUUCUUCUGUUAACACCUGAGCUGUACAUUGUUAACGUAUUUAUCUUUUAAGUAUGUCAGUCACUUCAGUUUUCUGGGUUGAUACCACUGGAAAGUUUCAUUUUCCAGUGUUUUGAAGCAGUGCUUCUUCUUUUUGCAGCAACUUUGUUACUCAGUAUCAGUUUUACUUUUCAUGGUAAAUCCCAUUGAAUUAGAAAUGUCAUUUAAUGACAAAAAUAUGCUUAAGAAGGAGAAAGUGAGCUUUUUCAGGGGAAUGUAUGUGCACAUUUGGGAUGUAUGAAUGAUUUUAAAACUUUUGAUUAAUUCA